ACCUGCGGAUCAACACUGGCAUACGGGUACUUUGUAUCAUUCAUCUUUUUCUGCUCUUUCUUGAUGUUGAACUUGUUCGUUGCUGUCAUUAUGGAUAACUUUGACUAUCUGACCAGAGAUUCUAGCAUUCUUGGCGCACAUCAUCUGGAUGAGUUUGUUCGCAUAUGGGCCGAAUAUGAUCCAUCUGCUUCUGGAAAGCUACAUUACACCGAAAUGUACGACAUGUUGAAAAAUAUGGCACCACCGCUCGGGUUCGGCAACAAGUGCCCGAAUCGGUUAGCGUACAAAAAGCUCAUACGCAUGAACAUGCCGGUGGAUGAGGAAGGAAGAGUCGGUUUCACUACGACGCUGUUUGCAUUGAUUCGGGAAAAUCUGAGCAUUAAAAUGCGACCAGCUGAAGAGAUGGAUCAAGCAGAUAUGGAGCUACGUCAAACCAUCCGACAGAUAUGGCCAAUACAAGCGAAAAAGAUGGUGGAUCUGUUGGUACCACCGAACAAUGUGCUAAACACUGGCAAAAUGACGGUCGGCAAAAUCUACGCCGGUAUACUGAUGCUGGAAACGUGGCGCAACAAUAAGGGUGCCCGGUACGACUUCGAACCGGAGCUCCAGGAGCACAAAAACCACGACAUACAGGAACCGUACAUCGACGACGGUCAUCUGCAUCCCGAUCAAAGGAAUGGGCAUGUGCGAUCACCCAGCUUGCACAGACGUGGAUCAGCACUGGAACGAUCGCCAAGCCCGAGGCAUCUGCACCACGAUAUCGGUUUCUCGGAAACCGUCUCGAACGUGGUGGAGAUCGCCCGACGGGACCAUCUUAUUGGUAGGCACCACUAUGGUCAUGGCUAUGGCGGUAGAUAUCAUAGAGGUUCCUGGUCCGUAGCCACCAGUCCGGCACGUUCGCCCUCGCCCAGUCGCUUGGAUACGCAGAUCAGUGCCCACCAUCGGUGCAAUCGUAGAAUACAUCCUUACGGUACGACUAGUCUCGGUCAGCGCUCACGGUCCCCGAGUCCGGCACGGCUGCAGGAGUGGAGAGAACGGGAACGUGACCGGUAUCGCGAAGAAAUCGUGUCCCGCCCGUACAUCCAGCACACGUAUCCAGUAUUACAAUCACACCGAGACUUCGGACGAAGACUGCCGCCCAGACCAAUCAAGCCGACAACGCUGCAGCUCAAGUCCACCAACAUCAACUUUCCGCAGCUCAACACGAGCCCUACGCAUCAAAAUCUCCAUCUGGCACUAAACACACACACCCUGCCGUACAGUGUUCAUUCGUUGCCGGGUUCGCGUGGUGACAUACCGCGUGAUCCUCGCAUCUACCAUCACACCGAAAGCGAGCGUGAUCGUGAACGAGAACGGCUUCGGGAGCGGGAACGGGAUUACGGAUCACGGUACGUGUUCCGCGACACCGAACGGGAACUGUUCGAAAUCGAACGUGAGCUAGAGCGUGCACGUGAUUCAGCCCGAGACACGGAGUAUGAGCGCGUCGAACCAUUAUCCUACGAGCAUCUGUACACGUUGGGCCGUACCGGGGGCAGCUCGUUCGGUUCAUCCGCCCUGAACGGCUACAAGCCAAAGGUCGGUAUGCAUUCCAUCUACUCCGAAUCGGAUGAAGGUGACUGGUGCUAGCACCGGUUAACCGACGACACAACGAAAUCAAUGCAACUAUCCAACUCCACUGCCAAACCAGCAGCAAUGAACGAGCAUAUCCGUGCGGCGCCGGGCUGCGGUGCUUCCCCCUUCCAAUCAACCAGCGGGGCCGCUCUUCCGCACCGGCACCCCAGCCCAGCAUCGGAGGUACACUUGCAGCGGAGCAUACCAGCAGUGCUGGCCAACCUGCAAACGAUUGUGAUCAAAUUAAUCUCCGGUUAGGUUUAGUACCAAGUGCAGCUAGUUUGUAACGCUUCACAAGAUAACGCUGCUUAUGUGCAACACGGUCAGACGGGGUGGAAGAGGAGGCGGAAUGUGGAAAGAUGAAAAAAAAAAUACGAGAAGGCCACCAUCCCGAAGUCUCUGGUCCGAGUCGCAAGCAAGUGCAUGAAACGAUAACGCAUCGAGUUCCAUCCAUUAGUACACAUUGUGAACAAAUUUGACUAGAGUAGUACAUUAGUCUGUCAUCAACGAGAUAUAACGGUGGCAACCAGUGGCAUUUGAUUUGCAGCAUAACCGUAAGAAUGUCCGCCAAACGAUCGAAUUCUGCGCGCGUGUAAUAUAGUGUAAACUGUUAAGCAAAAAAAAACACACAUGAAACAAAUCGUUCUCAUCUUUCUUCGAACAUUUUCCUCUAAGCAAAACACGGCACUGCACGAUGUACUUGAAUUCUAGCUGCAAAAGCAAUAUGGCAAACGGUGUUUGCAUUAGUGAAGCGAUUCUUUAAAAUGCUCUAGAGCGAGAGAGAGAGAGAGAGAAAAAAAAGAAGAAGAAGAAGCAAUCUAGUUUUUACUUAAAGACGUUUAACGUCUCACGUUUCGUUGUUUUGUUAGCUUUUGAUGGUUGGAAACGCCAAAAGUAUUAAGCAUCCACCUUUUACUAACAAUGUGGUUAAGUUUUAGCAAAACAAAAGAACCGGAACAGCUGUUGUUUUACGUUAAAGUAUACAAAUUGUUACUAUAGUUUAUAUCUACCUGACGUAAACUGGUGGGAAUUUAAUGGUACGAACGCGGUAGUAAUACACCACACCACAGCCAGGAUUGUGAGAGGAAACGAUAUUUUCCCAGUGAUUGAAUGGUUUUUGGCAGUUGCUCCGAUAGAUGUACAUGCAUUAUUGUGUUCCUCUUUGCUCGAGAUACCAGUUGAUGCUUUUCUAGUUCAAGUUUUACAAGAUGUUCUACAAACCGUUUGGUGGAAAGUAGUUUUUAAUGAAUCGAGUUUAGUUGUGCUUUCUUCGUUGUAUAAAGAUUUGGCAACCAAAAAAAAAAACAAAACCCUGUCGGUAGAGACAAAAGGCAAUCCGGUCACAUUUGGUGGACCACCGGUUUGGAGUGUAGUUUUCUGUUUGUAACACUAGAUUAUCUUGAUGAUCUUCUUAAUAAUAGAAGGCAUGCUGCUACAUGUAUGCCGGCGGGUAGUUAAUGAUAGGAAUUGAAUAGAGUGAUCUAUAAUUACGAUCAAUAUAAGAAAACACGUAGAACGUUUAGUACCAUUGCUUGAAGGUAUUAUCUUUCUUCUUUUUUUUAGCCAAUUUUCUUCUAGUAAAACAAAAUACAAUCAUAUCAAUCGUGCGAUCCGUUCGACUUUAAUGCCAAUUUUGCAUUCCAUCGUUCACAGCCAGUGCUUGGCCCUCUGUGUUCGUCGCGGCUUGUUUGUCGCCCCAUUUACGUUAAUAGUCACGGCGCUUUAUCUUUAUCCGUAAAACUCAUUAGCAUAAUGUAACCGAAUGUUCUUUACCUUUGUAGCAGAGGGCGGCACUAUAGCAUUUGUGCAAUUCGUAAUGCACCAGAAAACCGGGCAGCAAAACAGCAAAUAUUUCGGUUUAGGCUUUCUAUUGCGUUCGGAUAGAUAGUUGAUAGAAUCUCGUUGCAAAUGGCAGAGUUUAAAUAAAGCUUUAACAAAAAAAAACAAUGUUACGGUACGGUACGAUGUUUGGAGAAUUGAUAGCAUAAUCUGGCGUGGCCUGGCGCGCAAUUUGUCGAUACAAUCAAAAAUCGAUUGCUUCAAAUACAAGACAACAAAACAUAACAUGAGUGAAAACAUUUGCUAAUAUGAAUCGGUUAGAGCAAUAAAAGAAGAAGCAAAAGAAGAAGAAGAAGAAAACCCACAAAAACAUAUAAAUUAAAUUAAACGCUCGGGUUUUUAGCGGAAGGAUGUACUGUCCUUCGCUUUGCGCAACAUAACGUUUACAUAAUAAAAAAAAAACAAAUCCUAAUCAACCAAAAAAAAAAAUCAUACAUAAAAGAACCCCUUUUAGUUUCCCUUCGUCAGCUCAUAAGCAUAUACCAUCUUCAUCGGAUAUGUAGCGAGAGAAGAAAAAAACACGUGAAAUACAAAUUUGCAGUUUUGAUGUUUAUUACGUUGUAAAAUUAUGCAUACGAUAGGCCCAGAACAUUCACCCCAAAAACCAAAAUGGCACCUUUUUGCACACAUACGAAAAAAAAAGCGCGCUAAGACAAAAGGUAACCAGAUACCAUUUACUUUUAAUAUUCACGAAUAGUAUUUCAUAUUAGAACUGUGGGAGAGUACAGAAGAAUAAACGAAGAAAAAUAAAAACACAAAAAACAACAACAUUAAGCAAUUAGAAAAAAAAGCACAAGAAACAGUAUAUAGUUUAAAGCAGGACACACAAACACACACACACACACACAAGCAAGCAAGCUAGCAACAUAGAACAACAAAGAACAACAAAAAACAAAACAAAACAACAACUGGAAAAGUGAUAAGAUAACAUUUAGACAUUUAGCUAAAACCAACCAAUUUAGGGUGUAGGCUAAUUUAAGCUAAUUCAAAUCGACCUCCAAACUUGCCGCAAUCUUAGGAGAUAAUAAAGGGUAGAAGAAUACAACACUAACAAUCCUCCCGUGGUUGUUUGUAUGUGGGUGUGUUAAAACGAGCAUACGAACAUUAAACAGUAAAAAACAGAAGAAAAGAUACAUAAAAGCUGUCUCUCAAAAACAUAUUUCACACCAUUAUAUAAUACUUUGCGCGAAAUAAAACACACAUACACACGUUAAAGCAAAACAAAUAACCGGGAGGAAUAACAAACAAACAAAAACAAAGGAAAAAAGAAAGUAAGAGAAUAUACACAAACCUGAACUCAUGAUAAUAUUUAACGAUGCCAGAACAUAACGUUUACUAACGCAAAAAAAAAACAACCAAUUGAAUUCUCACUAGCUAAACGAAAAACAAUUCCAAUUUCACCUUGCAAAAAACACACCUAAUUAUUAUUAAUGCCGUAGUGAUGCGAACCGAACCUGUACAUACAAUAUAGGCAAAUCGAGCUAUUUGGAAGGGUGUAGUGUGUUAGGUGGCGUAACGUCACGCGUAGUGUGACAGGAUACGUUACAUUUACAAAAUCGCAAAUUUACUAUAAAAGAGAACUCUCUGCCAGUACUACCUUUAAUCGAAGCGCGUGGAAAGGAAGCAAAAAGGGGAAAAUGCGUCACAUUUUUAUUAGUAUGAACCACUUAUUCGCCAUCAUGGAUUGCUUGUGCGUUUGUUCAGUAUGGUAUACAAGGAUGCUGCGAGAAUGGUGUAACCGUUACCGAUCGUGCGUUACAGAUAUAUACUGGUAACGGGUUUUGUUGGCACAACUCCAUUAACAAACAUUUGAUUCCCAUCGAAAAACAAAACGUUGAAAUAUCAAGCGAGAGGUAUGCAUUCUUACUGCCACACACGUUCACAAAAGCGAAUACAUUUUCAACCUUUUGCCGAAUCACUCUUCUGUGCGAAGAAGUAUCAAAGAAACUGAUGGGGUUUUUUUUUAGUCUCGUAACGUACGGUAUUCUCGGUAUCCUUGUGUAGUGUUUUUCAUUUGGAGUUUUAUGUUGCUUUCAGCAUGUUAGAAACAGAAUUAGAGAAAAAAAAGAAACGUAAAUAUUUGAGCACAUGCAUUGCUCAAACAUAUAUGCUUAAAACGGUACAGCAAAUGAGAUAAUACAAACAAAUGGUGUAAGGAACAACAGUAAGUUGAAGCAAAUCAUAAAUUGUGAUGUUCAAUAGUGAAAUUGUAAACAUAGGUAACCAAAAAACGAAAAAAACAGGACACGUUUGGUAGAACGGGAGUGCAAGCAACAGGCACAGGAAGCUGUGCAGCUGAAGCCGUUAGGACACAACAGAGCGAACCAGAUUAAACCUGAAUGCGGUACACCUUCGAUCUCCCAUUUGCUGUGUGUACGGAUGAUGGGGCAGUAAGCAAUUUGCAUGUUUGAGAUGUUGAAUGUUCAGUUUUGCCACUUGUAGUAGUUUGCCAAGAUGGAACGAAAAACGUGGUGGUUCUUAAACGCGAUUCGGACGCAUUCACAGCAUUUGUACAUUUUUUCACUAUUUUAUAUUUAGCAAUAUUUCUGAUGAGAAAACAAAAGUCAGCAAAGAAGAAGAAGAAGAAGAAGAAAACAAACCAACCAACAACCGUUGAGAGGAAGAAAACGUUACGGAAUAAUAAAAAAUCAAUUUAAAACGAUCACUAAA